AUGGGACUUAUACUUCAUAAACAAAGUGGAAUCUCAGACAUAACUCUGACUUCAAUAUACCUAGUUAUAGGAGCAACAUUUUCUAUCGUAGCUUCACCUACAACGCUGUCAAGGUGUAUAAUAGUCUUAAUAACAAUUGCAAAAAGAAGGGAAUACUUGCAUUCACGAGAGCCAUUAAGAACCAUCGUCUGGGGUCUGCUAGCCAAGCUAGCUGAUAUAUUUCUUUUUUUUUUGUUAGAGCGGGCCAUGUAGUAUUGAUGUAUAACAUCUUAAGAUUACUCUAUUUAAGCCUUAAUUAUUGUAUAUAUUAGUUAGUC